AGACCUUUUUAGCCCACCAAUUGUAUUUAUGACCAAAACCCUAGACCCUUGUCCCCAGAGCUCAGGAGUGUCUCUCCACCUCUUUUCGAGUUCUUCCAUUUGCUAAAGUGUGAGAUUAUGAUGGUUGCGGAUGAAUUGGGCAUGAGGAACCCAGAGCAUGAGGAUUACGAGCCAGAAACAGAAUCAGAAGAAGAUGAUGAGCAAGUUGUAAAGUUGGCUGAACCUUCAAAGAAUGUUGUAUAUAACUGGGAUGGUUUAUUUGACAAGCUGAGAGAUAUCGGUUUGCCUGAUGGUUUGGAUUGGAGUCACAGGCUUAACAUCGACAAGGAGGAGGAGCAAGAAGUGGUGGAUGUGAAUGAUGAUUGUGCAAGGGAUCUCUCUUUCUACAUGCAGGCGUUGGAGGGUGUAUGCCGAGCCUUUCUCAACUUUCAGUCAAAGGGUGAACCUUUUCUGAGACCCUGUGAUUAUUAUGGGGAAAUGGUGAAGCCUGAUACUCACAUGGAGAAAGUUAAGGGCAGACUCUUGACUGAGAUGAGGAAGAUACAGGAGGAUGCGGAGAGGAGGAAGGCCAGAGAGAACAAGAAACUGGCCAAGGAAGUACAGGCACAGAAGAUGAAAGAAAGGGCUAAGCUGAAGAAGCAGGAAAUUGAGUCUGUUAAAAAGUGGAUGAAGAAGAGGCAGCAGAGUGGCUUCGAUAAAGAGGGUGCUGGCGGCCUAGAUUUGGCUAUUGAUGAAGAUGGGACUAAACCCUUUCAGAGGUCAAAUAAGAAUAGACCUGGUGUAUCUCCUGGAGAUCGUUCAGGAGGAAAGGCGACAUUUGGUGGAAAAGGGAAGGGUCCAGACAAAAAGAGGAAAAGCAGGGAAUUCAGGGACUCCAAGUUUGGAUUUGGUGGGAGAAAAGGUUUGAAAAAGCAGAAUUCUGCUGAAACUACCAAUGAUUUCAGAGGAUUCCACAAGUGAUGAUUCUGCUUAUUACCUUCUAGUCUUUGUUGCAGUAGGCUAAUGUUAAUCCUUUGUGGUGUGGAUGAAAUUAAUGUUUAAUUUAGAGCUUUUUCCUGUCAAAAAGAAUGAAUUAUUGACUCUUAUCGUUAAGAUGUUUGCUAAUUGAUGCCUAUUUUUGCCUGGAUUUGGAAUUUAAUCAUGUCUUAGCUUGUCUUUA